AUUCUGAUCAUGACAUAAUUUUAAGAAAAAUCGAGAAAAAACAAGAAAAUGGAAAAAGCAGCACUCCCUGAAACGCCAUUCCUCCGUAAAAGAGAUCCACCGACGCCGGCUAUGGAAGCAAACCAAACCAGUCAAACAAGCGUAUAGUUAUUGCUGCCAAUUGCGGUAACUGCUAGUUCUACGCAUAGACUAGGAGUGCAAUAUAGUCUACUCGAAUCAACGAGGAAAACGAACGGCUCAAUUCUUCAGAAUCCAGAGAGCGAAAGAGAGAGAGAGAGAGAGAGAGUGAAUUUCAAUGGCGGAUCGGAUGAGGAAUUAUUUGGUGAGAGAAGAAUUCUUGACCUACGCCUACAUUCUCCUCUACAUCGCCCUCUCCAGCGGUCAGAUCUUCUUCAACAAGUGGGUUUUGUCAUCAAAGGAAAUAAAUUUCCCAUACCCUCUCGGAUUAACUCUACUUCACAUGGUCUUUUCCUCUGUACUCUGUUUUGUGCUCACUAAAGUUUUGAAGAUUAUGAAAGUUGAAGAAGGGAUGACUGCGGAAAUAUAUGCUACAUCAGUCAUUCCAAUUGGUGCAAUGUUUGCAAUGACUCUAUGGCUGGGAAACACUGCUUAUCUCUAUAUAUCUGUUUCAUUUGCUCAAAUGUUGAAAGCAAUCAUGCCGGUGGCUGUUUUUAUUCUUGGAGUUGCUGCUGGACUUGAAGUAAUGAGCUGUAGAAUGCUUCUUAUAAUGUCGCUAAUAAGUUUUGGUGUUCUAGUGGCUUCGUAUGGGGAAAUUAAUAUUAACUGGAUUGGCGUGGUUUACCAAAUGGGAGGUGUUGUUGGGGAAGCUUUGAGGCUUAUAUUCAUGGAGAUUCUGGUUAAAAGGAAGGGUAUCAAACUAAACCCCAUAUCCGUCAUGUACUACGUCAGUCCAUGCAGUGCUCUUUGCUUGUUCAUUCCGUGGAUUUUCCUGGAGAAACCAAAGAUGGAUGCCCGGGGGGCAUGGAGCUUUCAACCUCUCAUCCUAACACUCAACUCUCUAUGUACUUUUGCCCUCAAUCUGUCAGUUUUCCUGGUGAUUUCACAUACAAGUGCUUUAACAAUUCGCGUUGCUGGAGUUGUAAAGGAUUGGGUGGUUGUCUUACUAUCAGCACUUCUCUUUGCCGAUACAAAGCUGACUAUUAUAAAUCUGUUUGGUUAUGGCAUUGCCAUUGCAGGUGUAGCUGCGUAUAACAAUCACAAGUUGAAAAAGGAAGCCACUCGAGGCACUUCCAACGAGUCUCAACAGGCUGAAUCUAUACCAUUGACUUCAUCAUCGACUACUGAGAAAUAGAUUAAUCGAAGCAGUCUCGCAUUUUUAGUCUGAGCUGCUUCGACUUCGGGAGGGUUUCAGAAACAACAUAGGCAGUUGUGUAAGUGAUUUGUAAAGUUGAGAAUACUUCACGUUAGUUUGCCUUGUACUAAAAGUUAGGCAGUAAUUGAAUUAGUUCGUUUUAAGAGAGAACACUCAAACAAGGUGGAAUUGUUUAUGUAAAAUUCAUAGUUAAGCUUCCAGUGAUCAAAUUCCAUAAACUUACACAUUUUGGCAACUUGAAGCGUCUUUCAUGGUAUAUGACAAUGAAUGAGUCAGGGCUCCUUUACAAA